UAAUAUUGGACGACCAUCCUUCAGGAUAGGAAUACUAUCACAUAAUAUAUUUCCUUUUAAAAAUAUUUAUACAUGUAUCUUUUAGUGGAAUGGAAGCAAGACAAGAAAAAUAAGCAAUAUUUACCUAGCAGUUUUGUGUUACCCGCUAAAGGUCUGAUGUUGAAACCGUAAUACCACAGUCUGUUGUGACUGCAGGGUCUUUUUGCGAAACUUUUGGAAUCUUUUUUUCUAGUUAUCUGGUACCAGAUGGUUGAAGAUGUGUAGUGGUUGCAUAUCCUAUUUGUUAAAAGAAGCUAAUUUGUUUUGUAUUUAACAUCUAAAAUAAGGUAUGUGUAUUAAUCUGGGCCCAAAUUAUUCCAGGUGUUCCAAUAGAGAUCCAAUUAGGGCAAUUUGUUCUCACCUGUAGUUUCAUCUGAGAGACAUAAAAGGGUCGCGUAUUGUAUAUUUCAUAUAGAUAUCCAGAUGCAUAUUGCUGAUGUUCUUUAUUAGUUAAGAAUGCAUUCCGUUACUUAGAUAGCAAAUUAUAUAUAUAAUUACAUUUCUCCUUUCGCAACUGCAUCCACCUGAAAGCCGUUCAUUAUUCAUGUGGCCUUGAUACAUGUCCUCGGAGUUGGAGAUAAAGGAUCAGUGGAUAUGCGGCACCGGACUCCCACUGCAAUACAAUACCACGGUAGUAAGAGAGGGCCAGACCAACUUUGUUAGACCAGGAGUGCAGACCCUCCCUGUGCCCUGUGUGAUGCUAAAGAAUGAGAUGUGGCCAAGUGGUGUUGCUGAGGAUGCCACACGUCUCGUGGGCAACACAGGAAGCUGCGACAGCAUGGUUGGCUUCAACUCCACUCCUGUGAGUGUGGGCACUCCCAUCAGCCAGAAGAAUGACAACAUAGGGCACCUUUCUCCAGAGGAGUGGGAGUGCCUCAUGUUCCUGGAGAAAACCAUUGAAUCCCUGGAGGCUGAGGAGAACAUCGAGGUGUCCAUUGACAAUGCAGACUGCCUGCCCUUUGUCGCUGGCAGUCUGACUGCAAAAAAAGACCAGGUCCCUUCCCUCAUGGUCAACAGCAAACUGGAGGAUGUGCAGAACUGUCCGCAAAAUGACCCAGAAACCACGAUGACCAAAGACAGAAAGAACUCUCCAAGCAUUCGAGUAGCCACUCCGCUCGUCCUGGUUAUGGAUGGCCAGCCCAAGGUUGGACCAAAACUAUCUCCUGGAAAGUUGGACUCAUGUAUCAAGGCAGCGGCCGAUGGCAUGAAUGAAGAGGUCUCUCCGAGCUCCCAUAGUGAGACCAAGGCAGUAGGGAGUCCGACUGUUGGAACAACCCAAGCUGCUCAGAACGAUCCCACUUCUGAUUUUGCUUCUCCCAGAGGGCCCUUGUCUUACGAGGAGCUUGUACAGAUCCGGAUGAGUGCCUCUAUGAAGAGUGCCCAUAGUCGUGCCUUGUCCGCGGAGAAGCCCAAACGAUCUGCACAUCCUCCUGUCGAUAUUCACCCACACAAUGUUAGUGCCCAUAUCUCCAGCUCAGUCAUAUCAGAGCAGCCCAAAACCAUCAAUGAAAGCUUCACACUAAAGUCCACCCCUCCCGUUGUUCCUCCCAAACCCAAACUGUCAGCAUUUAGCAUGUUUAACAAGACCCACACCCCGGUUACUGAAGACUCUUAUUCUGACACAAGCUACUUGGCAACAUCUCCCAGUGAAAGGAUUAUAAUGGACCCCCAGAGAGUGAGGAAGGAAGCCUUGCGCAAGCUGGGCCUUUUGAAGUCAGACGAGGCCAAUCCAGACACCCUCAUUGGUGUAGCUCAUUCGAGAAGGCCUCGUCAGUCCUCUGAGCCAGGUCUGUGCCAUCAUGAGCCAGAGCUUCCCAAAAGGAGCCCUGGUAAAAUGCAGCGGACCCCGAAUGUACAGACUACCACGUCAGCACCAUCAAACCCAUCCCCUGCAAGCAUCUCCGAGAUCAAAACAGCCACCCUAGGUCGUUUCAGCUUGGGUCCAGGAGGCUCCUCAGGCGAGAAUGUGGCCAUCAACUUCCGCAACAGCCGGCCACGGCCAUCCUCCCUGGGAAACCAGAAGGACUUUGAGGACAUCCAAGAGGUCAGGCAAAAGCCUACUGGGGUCAAGGCCCUGGGACCCAGCGAGGCUGUUAGGCAGCCCCACAGUGUAAGCAUGGUGAAUAAGCCCUACUGUCAAUUAGGGGACGAUCGACAAGAAGCCCUGAGGAAGCUGGGUCUGCUAAAGAACUAAGAGGAUCAGGGGGCAACAGCAGGCUGGACCCUCCUACAAGCAAGAAUGGGAACUUUCCUCCAUUUUGUUCUGGUACCUAAUUAAUAAGUCAUGUCAGUGAUUUUAAUAAUCUGUGUGAUUCCACAAAGAUGGUGUUACAGGAAAAAAACAGAAGUCUGAUAACCAAGUAUAAAGCAGGGUUUAGGCACCAAAGCCAAUAUUAUUGUGAUUUUCGUUGUGCCAUCUCCCAGACCGAUUUUUAACGGACAGUACCCUUUUUACCACUCAUACGAUGUUCAUAUAAGUUAUGUAAAUUUCCCAAUAACUGACGGAGAAACAUUGUACCAUUUUCCUGGAAUACCUUUAAAAAAUUUCUGUGCAAUAUUUUUUGGUAAAUACACAAUGAUUUUUUAUAAUAGUCAUAAUUUCAGCUUAUUAUUCACUGUAAGGAAGGUUAUCACACUUCACAGAAGAGUCUGUAUAAGUUGUGUUCUACUUCCUGAUAUGUGUUUCUUCAGUUUAUUCAACACAAUCUUUUGCCCUCAUCUUUAAAACAUAUUGUUUUCCCCCAUACCUUAUUUAAUAUUUAAUUUAAGCUGCUAGCUGGGCUGUUUACUUUGGCACCAAGUGUCCCUGACUGAGUUAACACCCGUCUAUUUGCAGUCUCUCUUCAUAAGGAACUGGUUUUUCCUGUGCCUUUUCAAAAUGGUUUUGGUAAUUAGAUAAAAUUUUCAAAUGAUA